AUGAGACUACAAUUGGAGUAUGUGCAUCUUGUGCACAGACACGGGGAAAGAACGCCCUUGAUGUUUGGGCCGCAUGAUAAAACAAAAUGGAAUUUGUGCCACCGCGUGUCCAAGAUAGACUACACAAUUCCUAAAAGGAAUGUAACUGCCAUGGACAAAAUCAAGGGCCUGCUGAGCUACAUGCACAUUGGGCCUGCUAAGCCUUUGCAGUUCAAGAUUUCGCAGAACUCUGGAAGAGACUUCAACUGUGCGCCUGGGCAGCUGACAGAUACCGGGCGCGCAAAUCUCUUUAGUUUAGGGACAUGGUUCAGACAGAAGUACGUUGACACACACGGGCUUAUAAAGCCCAAUUUUGAUAAGAACGAAUUCCACCUCAGAUCGACAAACUUCCAAAGAACCCUGGAGAGUCUGCAGUCUCUGAUGCAGGGAAUGUACAGGAACUACUCCAGCAGCAUGGACGUAAAAGUGGUAGACAUGACACAGGAUACGCUCACGUGCAAUCGCUACUGCCCCAGGCUCAAGUCGCUUAAGGAGGUAUCGCACGAGAAAAUCAAGAAGAUGUUCGAGCCCCAGGCAAAAGAAAUACGAAAAUACUUCUCAGACAAUCACUCAUCAUUUUUCUCAUCACUCAGCCCGUAUGCAAUAUACGAUCUUGUGGUGAGCAGCAGAGCGCACGGGUUUGUGCACUUCAAAAGAGUGCCACAGCAUAUAAUGGACACCCUGGAGAAGUAUUCGAUUGAGCUGUGGUUCAAGCACUUGAACAGCAAAGAAGCGCUGAGUCUGAACACGGGGGGAGUCAUGAAAGAAAUAGCAGAGCACAUGAUUGUAAAAGCAACUGAUGAAAGAUCGCCUCUCAAAGCCUCCAUUUUCUCAGCACACGAUGUGACAGUCUAUCCCAUCCUCAUGGCAGUUGGAUUAGACACAAAGAAAUGGCCAAAGUUCGGUGCGAAUGUCAUCUUUGAGCUUUUCAAAAACAAAGAUACGCAGGAGAGAUACGUGCAGAUGCGAUACAACGGGAAGAAAACAGAAAUGCCAAGAUGCAACCCUGUUAGAAUCAAAGACGGGCUCUACUGUCCGCUUGAAAGCUUUGUCCAGAUGUGCAACGAGACGUACAUACAGAACUUUUCAGAGGCUUGCAUAAAGGAAUAA